AUUAUCCACAAUAUUACAAGAUAAAAAUAAAUUUGUUAGAAAGAAAGAAAAAAAAAAAUACACAUGGCUGAAUUCACAGAAAAUUUUCAAAAUAUUAUUAGACCCUCUUUUCCUUUCUUAGAUUCUGAUCAAAGCAUGGAACUAUUGAAUCAAUUCAUAGGUAUAAAUCAACAUGUUAUGGAUAAUUCAAACAUGAACAUGCAAAAUUUGAUGUCUUUUUCUAGUGACAGUAUCUUGUGUCCUUCUCAACAAGAGUUUCCAGGAAACUUGGAAGAAGAUUUUCAUCAUGGUCUUGUUCAUCAUCACAAUGCAGUUCAAGUUUCUGUUCCAAAUUUUGAAGUUGGAAAUAAAGUUCAUGAUGCUAAAAAGAGGAAAAUUAUGGAUUUUCAAGAGACUAGUUCAGCAAAUUCAACUCUUGCAGUUUCUGAGAGUGGAAGCAAGACCAAACUUAAUGGUGGAAGAGGAAAAAGAGUGAAAAACUAUGGAACAGAAGAAGAGAAAGCAAAGGAAGUUGUUCAUGUCAGAGCAAGAAGAGGUCAAGCUACUGAUAGUCACAGUUUAGCAGAAAGGGUUAGAAGAGGGAAAAUCAGUGAGAAAUUAAGGUGUUUGCAAAAUAUGGUGCCAGGAUGUUACAAGACCAUGGGAAUGGCAGUAAUGUUGGAUGAAAUCAUAAACUAUGUUCAAUCUUUGCAACAUCAAGUAGAGUUUCUUUCUUUGAAACUUACUGCAGCAAGUACUUAUUAUGACUUCAAUUCAGAGACAGAUGAUUUAGAAACAAUGCAGAAAGCAAGAGCAUCUGAGGCAAAAGAAUUAGGAAGGUACAAGAGAGAAGGAUAUGGAGGAAUUUCAUGCUUUCAACCAACAUGGCCACUUUGACUUCAAUUUUGGAUGUUUUAACUCAACAGCCAUAUAUACAAAGACAUGAAGAAGAAACAAGUUUCAUUUGCUCUCAUUAAUUACUUUCUACAAAGUUUAAAAGAUCAAUUUGUUUUUACUCCAUACUUAGUGGACAUUCUUGCUUCAAAGAUGCGUAAAAUUCAAAUGGAAGUUAUUAAUAAUAGCUUAUUAUAUAGUUUUGUGGAACUUGAUUGGAA